CUCUGUCCUCAUCUCAACUGUGAAUCGGUGAAUUGGUGAUUCCCUUCAAGCUCUCAACCUCUCACCGUGUUGUCACUACAACCACUGCAAUGCUCACCGCUCACCACUGCUCACUGCUCACCUCCAACUCCAAGGUUGGGUCGUCCUCUUUCUGUUGUCACGUGGCCAUCUCAACUGUGAUUCGAUGAUUCCCUUCAAGCUUUCAGCUUCUCACCGUGCCAUCACUACAACCCCUGCAACGCUCACCGCUCACCUCCAGCUCCAAGGCUGGGUAGUCCUCUUUUUGCUGUUGUGUGGCCAUCUCAACUAUGUUUCGGUGAUUCCCUUCAAGCUCUCAGCCUCUCACCGUGCCGUCACUACAACCACUGCAAGUCUACAACACUCACUGCUCACCACCGCUCACGUCCAACUCCAAGGCAGGGUCAUCCUCUUUCUGCUGUCGCGUGGCCUCCUCUUCUACAACUCUACCUUGAAUUCUUUUCAAACUCUCCAACUCCAACCAAUGUCUUCACAAGAGUCUAGCUUCCCAUCAAUUCAAAUUCCAAAUGAAUCAAGUGCAAGUAUUAUAUCGAGUGCUGCUGCUACACCAACUUCAUCCUCAGUUAUGGCUUCUCUUGUGUUAGAAAGUGGUGAGGAUAAAAAAGAUGAUCAAGGCCAUAAGCGGCCACUUACUUCUAAAGCAUGGAACCAUUAUAGGAGGCAAAAAAUUAAUGGUCAUUGGAAAGCAAUUUGUGUCUAUUGCAAUAAACAUCUUGAAGGCACUGAUGUGUCUUCAAGAUUGGUUGAAGAAAGAUCUGAAAGUUCUGAUAAUAAUGGGAAUUUUUUCAAUCUAUUUGACAAGUUGGAGGAGAAUGAUAAUGAAGAUGAUGAGUCUGAGUUUUAUUUGGUAGAGACUCCGAAUACUUACGGGGACCUAUUAUUCCCCGCAGGUAUCAAUUACCCAAUGUCUUCACAAGAGCCUAGCCCCCCAUCGAUUCAAAUUCCAAAUGAAUCAAGUGCAGGUAUUAUACCGAGUGCUGUUGCUACACCAACUUCAUCCUCGGCUAUGGUUCCUCUUGUGUUAGAAAGUGGUGAGGAUAAAAAAGAUGAUCAAAGCCAUAAGCGGCCACUUACUUCUGAAGCAUGGAACCAUUAUAGGAGGCAAAAAUUUAAUGGUCAUUGGAAAGCAGUUUGUGUCUAUUGCAAUAAACAUCUUGGAGGCACUGAUGUGUCUUUAAGAUUGGUUGAAGGAAAAUCUGAAAGUUCUGAUAAUAAUGGGAAUUUCUUCAAUCUAUUUGACGAGUUGGAGGAGAAUGAUAAUGAAGAUGAUGAGUUUGAGGAAGUUAUUUCCUUAGCUUGAAAUUAUUGAUCAAGCUUAGCUUAAGUUGCUGCUGUAGAGUUUGCCUUGUUGGAUUGGAUGGAUAUGUACACAUGUGCCACUUUCUAGACUCUUUUAUGUGCUUUUUCUUAAUUAACUUAUUGUUGGACA